AUGGAAGGAGGCGAGGGUCAAAAGUUGCAGGAGCUCCUGCAAUCGACGCACAUUCGCGAGCUCUUGCCGGCAAGGGAGAUCGUUAGCGCCAAGGGCUCGGCCACUGUCGCUGAGGCGCUGGAGUUGUUGACGAAGCACAACGUCCUGUCCAUGCCAGUAUGGGACAGCACCAAGCAGCAGUACGGCGGGAUGGUGGACAUGGAGGACAUCGUGUCGCUCUUCCUCUCCACGCUCAACUCUGAGUCUUCGCCUCAGGUGGCCGAAUGGAAGUUUGCGCAUGUGCCCAUCGGCAGCGUCAUCAACUUUUCGCACAGCGACGUGUUCCUGCCGAUGGAGGGCGAAACCAGCAUUUGGCAUCUGAUCGAGCAGUUCACGAGGGGCAUCCACCGCAUAGCUGUGCUGGAUCAACAUGGCAAGGUGGUCAACAUUGUGAGCCAAUCGUCCGUUGUCAAGUUCUUGAACAAGCACAUGGAUAAGCUGGGCGCAGCGGGACUCAAGACCCUGCGUCAGAUCAAUGUGAUCGAGGGACCGUUGGCCACGAUCAGCAAGGACACGAAGGCGCUCGCCGCCCUGUCGUCGCUGCACAAGGAGGGGCGGGUAGCCGAUGCUCUGGCGCUUGUGGAUGGCGAGGGCAAGUUUUGUGGUGCUCUCAGCGACAGCGACCUGCGGGGUUUGGGAUAUGAAAUGUUUGCUCGUCUGCAGCUCCCGGUGAGUGAGUUCGUCGCAAUGCAGAGCCAGCGGCUGCCUCUCGCCAAGUACUGCUGCAGUGAUGACACCACGCUCGCGGCAGCCAUCAAGCGCAUGGCCAAGCACGGUCUGCACAGGCUUUGGAUUGUUGAUGAGAGCCAAAAGCCGCUGGGCGUCGUGACCCUGUUGGGCAUCAUGAAGGCGCUCAUGCUGGUGUCCCACCGCUCCUUCCACGACUGGCAGAAGAAGGUCGGCGCCCAUCCACCACCCUCGGCCGAGUGA